UCACGCGCUUCCCUCAGUUCAGACUGCCGGUCCCUGCAUGGCAACAGGAGCGAGGGAUUCCCCCCCUGCCCCGUCGCCCCAGUCUAUCUUCCCGUUUAGCAUCGUUUCAGCUUUAAAAAUGCAGCAGCCCGGCAGCUUUUAACCCGUUCGCGGCGGCAUGUCCUGGAACCAAAGUGUAAUGCGCGACGCGGAGCAGAAACUUUAACAAAACCCGGGGGAUAUUUAAAGCAGUGCAGCCGCAUCCUCAGAAGAAUCUUUUCAAAAGGGACUCCGCAUAUAUAUACAUUUAUAUAUGUGUGUGUAUAUAAACUCUAAGCGAUGAGGCAGCCUCCAAAUGACGUCGAGAUGGCAUUAGGUGGAACCCUUCUGCCCUCCAUAUCCACCUUUGCCAGCGGCCCCACUAUCAAGAGUAAAUCUAUAGGAAACGCCAAUUUAAGAUGGAAGGAGGAGUUGUCCCAUCUUAAGAGAUCCAGCGUGCCAGACGAAAGCAGCUGCCCCGACCCAGACCAUCCUACUGCCACCAGCAUGUCCAAGAAAGACACAGAGCUGGACCUGGACUUAGACUAUGACUUUAUUUUGUCCAACUCUAUUCUGCAGCAGCAACAGCAACAACAACAGCAGCAGCAGCAACAACAGCAGGAGGAUGCCAUGGCAUGCACCUCUGCCCAGGGACUGUCUCCUUCCCCUGGGUCUUUCACCUCAUCUUACCCUCUACCUUCCCCUCAGGGAACUGCCAGCGAGCUGCUCUACACCAUCCCAGACAUCAACGAUGUUUCGCCCUCUGGAGGCUUUGUGGCCGAGCUCAUGAGACCCGAGCUGGAUCCGGCUUACCUCCAACCCACGAGCCUCCACGGGAAGUUUGUAGUCAAGACAACAAUGGACAUGGGAGAUUACAACCAAGGCAUGAACGUUAGUAAGGCUUGUGUUAACGCUGUGUCAGACCCAACUCCCUCACGUGCCUCGACGACCUUCGCGUGCCACAGGAUAAAGCAGGAAAACCCCAGUAAUUGCACCAUCUCACAACCCAUGGACCUACACCUGGCUGGAGUAAACUCCCAUGGACGAGGAAGCCAGCAGCAGCAGCGCCCCAGCCACUUGGAUCUUGGGUUCCAUGGCAGAGGGCGCUCCAUGACAAACAGCAGGUUAUCCUCAUCCUCUUCCCUCUCCCCGGACCACCCCCUGAGCCGGGAACACCAGGUGUUGGGCCAUUCCCACUCUCAGAUCCCUCUUCCUCCACAGGGAUACCACCAUAGUUCGCCACCGGGGUACACGUCCUACGCCCAGACAUCAUCCAUGCAGUACCAAGAACCCCUCAUGAUCUCUACUGGUGACUGCAUGCCGGAGGAGCCAAAGCCUAAACGUGGUCGACGGUCCUGGCCGAGGAAGAGAGUGGCGACACACACGUGUGACUUUGUCGGCUGCGGGAAGACAUACACAAAGAGCUCGCACCUUAAAGCGCACCACCGCACACACACAGGGGAGAAGCCUUACCACUGCGACUGGGAGGGCUGCGGCUGGAAGUUUGCGCGUUCGGAUGAGCUCACCCGCCACUACAGGAAACAUACAGGCCACCGGCCGUUCCAGUGCCAGAAAUGCGACCGGGCGUUUUCAAGGUCAGAUCACCUAGCUCUCCACAUGAAGAGACACUUAUGAGACUUGGAUGGUCAGUGGUUGAAGGCUCCAGUGGGUGGGGAAGGGGACAUAUAUGUACGUUAGCAGAACCCUGAACAAACCUGUGACCUACAGUUUUUUUUUCUUUUAAACCGCGAUUUGCCUUCAAACUGGCGUCAAGCAACAAGACAAGCUGUGGUGUUCAUGGCAAGAAAAAAGAAACAAAAAUGAAAGAGCGCUGGAUCUUUAAGAGCCAAGAAUUUCUCUCAAGACUGAUCCCAUGCUCGCACGUUGUGCAGGUGACUCGACAAGACCUCUCAGCCAGGGUUGUAAACUUUUUUUAUAAAAGGGACCAAACUGGAAUUUGUGUUAUUUAACUGACAAAACUUGGAGGACCAGGUGCCAACUGUUUUUUGGGGUUUUUUCGAACUGGAAGUGUAUUUUUGUCAGGGAAACCAGGAGCAACAGAAAAAACAUCUCCAGAGGCCUUCUACCAGCAACAUGUCUUCAUAGGCCCUGUUAACGACACACUGUACAAUUAAAUACAUAUAUAUUUAUAUUCACAUUUCACCUGCGAUGCCAUUGAUUUCAGGUACAAUGUUAAUUUAUACAGAAUGGUGCUCAGUAACUCUGAAGGGUUUUUUUUUGUUUGUUUUUGUAAUAAAAGGUACCAAAGAUUAUGAAAAUAUACAAAAAGGGUGAAAUGAAAAAGUGCCAUAUGGUUUUUGUGUUUCUUGGAAACCUCUCUUCCACAAUCCGACUUAAAUCAGGUAAACACUUCAUUUUUUUUUAAAAGGUGAUGGCAAUCUUCAAUGCACUGCAGCUGCAAAGUGCAAUAAUUUAUAUGAGACGCUUGUAUUUUUGUAUUGAAUGAAUAACUCUGAACAAAUAUUUGUUUGUUUAUAGCCAAAAUAUGUAAUAUAAUCUUGAACUUUGUACAUUUGUAAAUAAUAAUUCUUUGUUAUUGUUUUGUAUUUUACAUUAUAAUAAAAUGUAUUUGGUAUAAGAA